AUGACUACGAUCCGGCCAUACCCGCCCCAGCUGCAAUCGCAACCGCAGCCAUUCGACUAUAUCUCCUCCGGCGGGCCCUACAAUUCCCUACCAGCGUCACCACGGUCAUCGCAGCGCGGCGGCCUUGCGACACAUGAGUACCUAGCACCGGAGCAACAACUACCUCAGCAUUAUGCACAUCCACUUCAAAGAAACAAUUCCUAUCCUGCGCAGGGGACGAAUGAUGGACAAAUUAGCUCAAAGCAAACGGAAAACAUGCUGCGCCGGAAGACGCCAAAUGGUAUACUGACCGCUGCGUACGAUGGUACCUCUGUUGAGCAAACUGACAAGCCUCACGCCAUGAAACACAUUCUGCUACCCAUUACGUCCGCCGGGGCACUGAACGUGGCCCCAUCGUUCCAUGGCGUCAGGCAGGAGCUUCCUCUGAGAACACCAAGCUUUAGCCGUGAUAUGUACACUUUUGGCAACCAGCAGAGCGCAAUUUCUGCAUGGAACUCCGGUGUGCAACCGGGGUUGGAUGCUGCUGGCAGCAAGUGGACGAACCCACAACAAUUCCUGCCGCAGAUCGACUCUAUGUUGAAUCAGGUUCCGACUCAGCCUCCGCUGGUACCGUAUGCACAAUAUGGCUCUUACUUCUGUGGCAACAUGCAAUACCCUAUGCAGAGCCAGUUUGCGCCAACGGUAUCGAAUGAGCAAGGUCCAUAUGGGCCGUACUGGCCGAAUGGUACCUUUGUGCCUUACCGCCCGGCGGCUCUACGCGACCCUCGGUUUCAGCACAUGGCUACCAACUGGACUGCGAAUCAGCUCAAUCCUUAUUUCAGUCGGGCAACAGAAAAUUGGCAGCAGCCCGCUGACUUAGCGGUGAAUCCUAACGCGGUGCGAAGAGCUCAUACCCACUACCAGGCGCGGAAGCCUCUACCGCCAGCAAUGGGAUACAAUGCUAUUCCAUCUCAUCAAGAUUAUCCGGCCUCGUUAAGCGUUCAAAGCAUUGACCAACAUCGACAUCUCGACCAACAGUAUACUCCCACGGACCGGAGGCUGGCAAGUCAAGUAGCUAGCCAGUCAUAUGUGCAAGGUUUGCCUCGUCCCAUUGGAGAUCAUUAUUCAUCGGUCCAUUCGUCGGGCCAAACUACGCCGCGUGGCUUUGAGACGCCGCCAGCUGUGACGUCCCUAGCGGAAUUCGGUCCUCAGAGUAGCAAUGCUCAGCUGAGGGAACGAGUUUUUGACUGGGCGCAUUCCAUUUAUGUCGAGCUCCUGACAUAUUUGCAUCAGACCAGAAGGGCUGCUCUGAACACCAGACAUCCCGGUAACCAGCAAAGCUCAAAUCGACCAAAUAUUUAUCCUAAGCCACCCCGUCAGCCAAACUCGAGCUUCACGUUCCCACCCACUGCGCGGACGCGAUCCACCAAUGAUGCACAACUUUCACAUUCGGCAAUGCAACAAGACGACAUUAGCCCUUCACAGGUCACCAACCAGGCUGUGGCACUCCAGAGACCGGGCCAACUUCACAACAGAUCACAUUCACUGUGGUCUAGUGGUAAUAACGAGCACACUCGUCCAGAGGCUCAGCGACGUCUUUCCUGGCAACAGGGGCUGUCCGGUGUCACGCCGCUACAGCCAUCCGCACAACCACCUCGAACGCUACGGCGAACUUCCGGUCUCUCCGUUUCAGCUACAUACCCACCGAUCAACCAGGAGAUCAGCGUUACCGCUAAGGCCGCCUCUGCUCUGGAGACUCUGACGAAUAUGGUGCAGGACAGUGCGUGGAACUGGGUGGAUGGUAUGUUAGUGGGCGGAUGUUUGGCGUAUGCUCUUGGCGAGUAUCAGAAGGCCUUAGCUUGGUACUCAAAGAUCCUCGAUAUUGACCCGGACCAUGCCGAGGCGAUCUCAAAUCUUGCCGCUACUCUUCUCGCCCUCAAUCGUCGCUCUGAAGCAGAGCGAUAUUGGCUUCGCGCAAUCAAGCUACGCCCCAGCUACUUUGAGGCUGUGGAGCACCUGAUCGGUCUACUAUGUAGCGAUCAAAGAGGCAAAGAUGCAGUCAACAUCAUCGACUUUGUAGAGCGCUCAUUGCGAUAUACCCCAAAGCGUGAUUCUGUCAGAAGUGCGGAUGGACAGAGCGAACGCUCGGCCUCCGAUGGUAGAUCGCCAAGUUUAUCGGACGCCUCUGACAAGGCUUUCUUCGACUUUGACAGUGAUAUGGACGGUUAUCUCGGCGAGACGCGCCAGCUACCUGGUUCGACCCAAGAGGGCUUCGGUUCGAGUGGAUAUGCUAUUCCCGGGUCCGAGAACGGACGGAUACUAGCUCUUGUGCAUGCGAAAGGCAAUAUGCUUUACGCGCUGGGAGACAAUGUCGGAGCAGCGAAGGCUUUCGAAAGCGCCGUCCUAAUUGGCGCUGGGCGACAUAUUCAAGGGAUUGGCGGUCUGAUCAACCAUAUUCUGACCGUCGUGGGACAAGACACUUCAGAAAGACUCGUCACUGGCCAGAAAUUUCAAGGGUCAAGCGAUCCGAUACUUCUACCUCCAGACAAAGCGCUGCUGACUGCGCGUCUGUGCUUUCCGAACCAUGGCGAGCUUCCAGGCCUUCGAUACGUGUCUGCGGAGGGUAUGGCUCUGAAGGCCGCCGUAUCAACCACCAGCAACUCUCUGCUUUCAUUGGCCAAGAUUUUCCAGGACGGCAUGGUAUCGAACUCGCCAAAAUCAGCUUCAUAUCAGACUACGUACGGCGUCCGUGAAAUUCUGGCGUUGUACUACCUUUCAUUGUCGCUGCAGCCGAGCCCUUCCACUGCCAACAAUGUCGGCAUUCUCCUUGCAAGCGUGCAGUCGUCGCAACAGCCAAAGCAGAAUACCCUACCGGCCAGGGACUCACCCAUUAUACCUGGCAUCGCUCCUGGUAGUGGCAUCGCGCUCGCAUUAGCAUAUUACAACUAUGGCCUCCUUCUGGACUCGAGGCACGCGCAUCUGUUCACCAAUCUGGGCAGCUUACUCAAAGAUAUCGGGCAACUGUCAGCAGCGAUUAAGAUGUACGAGCAAGCGGUAGCAUGUGAUGGCAACUUCGACAUCGCUUUGGCCAACCUUGCGAAUGCCGUAAAGGACCAAGGACGGAUCAGCGAUGCUAUCACAUACUACAAGCGCGCCGUCAAGGCGAGUCCCGACUUUGCCGAGGCUGUAUGCGGCCUGGCUAACGCACUCAACUCGGUCUGCGCCUGGGCUGGAAGAGGUGGGGUUGCUGCCGAUGGGGGUAAGCGCGACCGCUGGCAUGUCGACGAGAAUGGCAUGCUGCUGGACGCCAAGCUUCCCGGAGCUUCGAGCUCAGGCUGGAUCAAGCGCGUGGUUGAUCUCGUUGAGAAGCAGCUCGCUGAUGGCGAGGAGUGGGGUCGUGGCAGUCUUGACAACACAUUCUUGCGCGGUAUAAUCCGGCAUCUCUCUGUAGAUGUCUCCGACUCGCACAGCAUUACGGAGAAAGAGGAGAGCAUGAGAAGGACAUUGGCAUCAUGGUCCAAUCAAAAGUGGGAAGGAGCCCGUCUAGUCCGUCUCGCCGAGCGUGCAAUUCGCCGUCUAGGCUGGCAAUGGUACCAAGAUAGAUACGUCGUCAGAGUCCAGCGCCCUUCAGCAGUCUAUGCUCGGCCCCGUCUUCCCUCCGCUCUUCCAGUACCGGCCGCGCCCACUGUACUCCCUUUCCAUACCUUCACUUGUCCUAUGUCCGCGAAGCAAAUCAGACUUAUCUCACAACGGAACGCACUCCGCAUCUCCACCUCGGCGCUAAAGGCACCUUGGCUUCCUCCGACGGUCUACCCGCCGCCACCACCACCGAACCCCUACCUUAAAGUCGGCUACGUUUCAUCGGACUUCAACAACCACCCCCUCGCACACCUAAUGCAAUCAGUCUUCGGACUACAUGACACUAAAAAGGUGAAGGCUUACUGCUACGCCACGACCGCCAGCGACAACUCCGUGCACCGCCAGCAGAUCGAGAGGGAGGCGCCAGUGUUCUACGACGCUUCCUCCUGGCCAGCUGAGAAGCUAGUAGGCCAGAUCGUCAGAGAUGGUAUCCACAUUCUCGUCAACCUCAAUGGCUACACCCGUGGCGCGCGCAACGAAGUCUUCGCCGCCCGUCCAGCGCCCAUCCACAUGUCUUUCAUGGGCUUCGCAGGCACUCUAGGCGCCGAGUGGUGCGACUACCUUCUUGCGGACGAAACGGCAAUCCCACUCGAUACGCUUCGGCCGUGGAGGCGAAAUGUCGAUCUCGAGGAUCAGCUGGUGGAUGAUAACAGUGGCGGCGAGCAGGAAGAUUGGAUCUACGGGGAGAACAUCAUCUUCUGCCGAGACACGUUUUUCUGCUGCGAUCACCGUCAGAGCGCACCGGAUGCUGAAGACGAGCGGUUGGAUUGGGAGGGCGAGAUGAAGCGCAGAUACGAAAUGCGGAAGGAGCUUUUUCCGCAACUGAAGGAGGGGACGAUCAUCCUCGGGAACUUCAACCAGCUGUACAAGAUCGACCCCACAACCUUCCGCACCUGGCUCCGCAUCCUCUCGCGCCUCCCCAACGCCAUCCUCUGGCUCCUCCGCUUCCCGGACCUCGGCGAAUCCGAGCUGCUCUCCACCGCACGCGCCUGGGCGGGCCGAGACGUCGCCUCACGCAUCCUGUUCACCGACGUCGCCCCCAAACACCAGCACAUCUCGCGCGCCGCCAUCUGCGACCUCUUCCUCGACACCCCGGAAUGCAACGCCCACACCACUGCCGCGGAUGUCCUGUGGAGCGGCACCCCGCUGCUGACACGGCCGCGGUAUAGCUACAAGAUGUGUAGCCGCAUGGCGGCGAGUAUCCUUAAGGGCGCCUUACCGAGGGGUGUUGAGGGGGAGAGGGCGGCGAGGGAGUUGGUGGCGGAGAGCGAGGAGGAGUAUGAGGAGUGUGCUGUUAGGCUCGCCGGCGGGUGCUGGUAUGAGGGCUAUAGGGUCCGCGGCAGGCUGAGCGAGCUGAGGAAAAUGCUUUGGGAGGGCCGGUGGAGCAGUGCGUUGUUUGAUACAAGGAGGUGGGUGAGGGAUCUUGAGGAGGCGUAUGGGAUUGCGUGGGAGAGGUGGGUUAGGGGUGAGGGCGGUGAUAUCUGGUUGGAGGGGAGUGGGAGCGGGUAG